AUGCCUUUCCAAGAGGGUGCGCUUCCAGUUCGUUACUUGGGAGUUCCUCUAAUUUCUUCUAAGCUCUCGUAUAAGGAUUGUAAGGUGCUGGUUGAGAAAAUGGAAAAGAAGAUUGAUAACUGGACGACCAAAUCUCUCUCUUUUGCAGCUAGAAUAGUUACAGAUCUGGAAAAACGUAUGCGUGAUUUUCUAUGGUCUGGCAACUACCAUAAGACCGUGAAGCCUAAAGUUGCAUGGAAGGUUGUUUGUCUUCCGAAGGAUGAGGGUGGAUUGGGCAUUCGUAGCUUAUCGGCUGUUAAUAAAGCCCUUUUAUCUUCUCAUGUUCGGAGCAUUUUAUCCAAUCGGAAUUCUUUAUGGGUUCGUUGGAUACAUACUUAUAAGCUUAAGGGUCGUAGUUUCUGGGAAAUCCCUAGUAGAGGCCGAAUGACAUGGGGAUGGAGGAAACUUCUUGCGAGUAGGAGCCUUAUUCGUCCUUUGAUGUGGAAAUCUAUUGGGAAUGGUGCUGAUACAAAUGCUUGGAGUGAUACUUGGUGCAACAUCGGUCCUCUUCGUGCGUUUAUCACUCCUAGGCGUAUUGCGAAUGCAGGAUUCAGUUUGCAGUCGUCGUUAGCUGAGCUGGUGUCUCAUGAUGGUCAGUGGAACUGGCCGACUGCUUGGGAUUCGAGGGACCAUCUAUUCUUUGAAUGCUCUUUUGCUUUGCAGGUUUGGAACAAAGUUAGGAGCUUCACUAAUAUGGAAGAUAUCAAUGGUGGUUGGAGUGAUAUCAUGGCUUGGAUGAAUCAUAAUUCGUCCCUUCAGAAACCUGAUAAUGUGAUUAGUAGGUUGGUAGUUGCGGCUGCAACCUACUUUAUUUGGCAAGAACGCAACAGCAGGCUGUUUUCAAGGAACCAUCGGACGGCUAUGGUGGUGUCUCACGAAAUUAUUACUACGGUCCGAUUGCGGCUUCUGUCUCUUAAGUUCAAACGGCGAUUUGAAAAUGGGAGCUUGGUGGAUAAAUGGAAGAUUCCUGAUAACAACUUGGAGCUUAAUCCCGGCUAG